GAUGCAUAGUUUUUGUGUGUCAUUAAAAAACCCUCCUUUUCAAUGUAUGGAAAAGUGCAUUCUCAACCUGAACAUACUAUAGCUCCAUUUUUGCCUUUUUCGUUGGUGCUAGACCGCACCCUGUUCGGGUGGCCAGUGGUCAGUGUUUUAUUUCUUCACAGUACAAAGGACAGACUGGAAGCCCUGGAACAGAAGCUGCAGGCAAACCGACAGCAGAUGACCAAACAGGCAAAGAGAGCCGCCAAACUCGAAAGGAAACUCAAGAUACUCACCGGAGGCUAUCAAGCAAGAGCCAGUUCUCUAGGCCAGCAGUUGGCCGAGGUCCAUGAACAGGCGGAACAAGGCCACGUGGAGCGGCAGACCUUCAAGAGACUCCACGACAUGGAGGCUGUGGCCAUUCCUCGAAGACUGGAGCAACUGAAGGAAGAGGUUGGUAGACAGACGGAGAGGGAGAACCAACUCCAGAAUCGCUACUCGAAUCUUCUCUACCAGCGGAACAGCCUCGUCCAACAUCAGCAGAUGAGCCGGCAAGGACAACAGAUGAACCAGCAAGGACAGCAGGCAGCUCAGGGGCUUGCACCUCUCGCCUCCCAGCCCCAGCCCCUAAUGCCUGCUCCUGUCCAGGCCUAGACACUGUCACAUGACCAGCACAUGAUACUCACAUGAUCACCUGACUGAUACACAAUAGAGAACUCCUGAUUUUCUCUAUUAUUUUGUUGUGGGCUUCAUCUGCGCAAUGCAAAUUUUUUCUUGGCUGAAUCUUAUUGUUCCACUACUGCUGUAUUAUGGAAUCUGAUGUAUAAAGUGCUUCUUUGUAAUCCAUA